AUGCCUUCGACUACGUCGGAAGAGUCGUUUCAGUCCGCAGAAUCGCUUAGGUCUAGCGAGUUUGCGGCGUCGGUCAAGACUGCGGCGUCGGCCCAGUCUGCGGCUUCAUUCAAGUCUGCGGUGUCGGCUAUCUCUACGGUAUCCAGGACUUCUACCGUCGUCCAUACUGCGACCUUCAAGGAUGCAGUCAAGUUCGCAGAGGAGUUCCACAGCUUGUCCCGGGAUCUCGAUCAAGCCCGCGCCACUCAGACCAGCGUCGAGAAACUGACCGAAGUCGACAACUUUCGCAUUGUAGACUGGGCCGCUCUGGAAGAGACCUGGGCGCUCGACCACAACGAUGUCCACAAGAAGCUCGAAGGCGAGAUCGAGGCGAAGAUCCCAGCCUUUGAAGCAGCCAAAGAGGGGCUUGAUCUUCUCGACGAGGUCGAGCGACGCGCUUGGUGGAAGCAGUGCCAGCUCAAGUACUCCUCCAUGACUGGCUUCUUCGCCUACACCCCGGCCAAUAUUGAGGAACUCAACGAAGAAGAAGUGGCCAUCGAGGAUGAUGCCGAGGUCAACAGCGACGCACAGGAAUUUGCCCGCCGGAGGCCCAGCUUCGAGAACUUCGACCCUUGGUGGGUAGAUGAGAACGACAAGGAGGGCCGAGAGAUCGCCGAGGUGUACAGUCGAGAACAACGCAAGGAUGCGAUAGCCAAGUGGGCUGCCAGGACAUCCUGAACAAGUACAUUAAAGUCUCGAAAAGUGGUAAUAUUAAGAUGAAGCCAGAAGCCGUCGAUGAACUGUUUGCCCUUUGACCGUUCUUCCAUAGCGCUAUCUGAUCAUACGGAUAUACAUGGAGGCCAAAAUGAAUCUAUCGUAACCCUCCUUCUGUUUCCCUACUUGUCCUGACCCUGGCCUGAGACCCGGCAAUAUCACUGUGUCUCGUGCGAUCUCGCAUCGUGCUUCGUGCUUCCCAUUGGCGCGCUAUGGACGUCAUAGAUGCAUGUCGAAAUAUGUAACUACGUCUUGCGGGUUCUCGGUGUGGCUGAGAUGAGGAGGGAAGUGGUGGUUUCAUCGGCGUAUUCGGCUUUUCGAAAGUGUGUGGGAGAUGACCAUGUCGAUUUCCGAAAUGGCUCGAAAUGCGACAUUGUGCCCUGGUGCUCUUGAAUGAUUCGUUUGACA